AUGCUUCCCCGAAAGAUCUACCAAGAUUAUCGAGUUGGCUUUUGCUUUUGGAUUCUGCAAGUGAUAAUCGUCCUAAGCUUAGCCUCGGUUGUGGUAUGGCUCAGUUUACGUCCUAAAUGCCCCACCUACACCAUCGUGGAUGCUUAUAUCCCUGCUUUAGAUGUCAAGAGUGCAACUUCCCAUGAAAAUAGUGAAACCAGUCGGAAUAACAGUCUCUUCUUCAGCCUCGAAAUCCGGAAUCCUAACAAAGGAAUCGGCAUCUACUACGACGAAAUCAACUUGUCGGUGUAUUAUGGGGAUGCAGUAAUCGGGUUGAGUUCUGUGUUUUCUUUUUAUCAAGGUCACAGGAAGACCGCUCGACGUGAAGUGAGACUCAACGCUGACCUGCAAUUCCUGAGAGAUGUAUCCAGAGCAGUUUCUUCACAAGGGAGCGUGGAUCUGCGAGUGGGACUAGCGGCUGCUAUAAGAUUUAAGAUAUUCUCUUCUAAGACGAAGCAUCAGAACAUGGAAUUACAAGCCAACUUGCAGGUCGGUUCCGAUGGCAAGCUUGUUGGGGAGAACAAAAAGCUGCUUAACACACUGGAACAGCCAAAAGCUGGACAUUAA